AUCACAGCAAGUGCUAGUGAGACGCCAAGUUUUCACUUGAAGGAACGUCGAACUCGUCCACUGCAGGAUCUCUUAGUCCCUCAGUUGUGGCUUCCCUGACUGUGACUGGAUACUGGCCCAAUUACUGUCAUCAUGAGCCCUCCUCUUUAUCCGAUCCCGAACUCGACUGUCAUACCUGAGCUACGCCUGCAGAAGCACCCAGAGGGUGGUUACUUCGCCGAGACAGACCGCCAGUCUGAGACUGUGCCCUCUCCGUUUGUUGGAGGCGCGCCGCGCUCACUCGCCACCACCAUCUACUAUCUCCUAACGCCCGACGAGAAGAAUGGUGUUUUCCACAUGAACAAGUCGGCGACUAUGCACGUUCUACACCAAGGACGCGCAGAAUACGUCCUCAUAACUCCCCCUGCAACGCCCGGCAGCCCGCCCAAGCUGGAGAAGAAGGUUAUGGGCCCGAACCUUCAAGCGGGCGAGGUCCUCCAACUACUCGUUCCCUCCGGGAUCUGGAAGAUGUCUCGCCUCCUACCCGACGACCUGUCUGCCGCCGCCGACCCCGAGAAGAGAGACCGCGUAGGCUGUCUGAUCACGGAGGUCGUCUUUCCCGGAUUCGCUUGGGAAGACCACGCGUUCUUGACGCGGACGGAGCUCGAGAAGCUAUACGGAGGCUCGGGAGAAAGUAAAGAAUGGGCUGCGUAUGUGAAGAACGGAUGAGCUUUCUCGUCAAUCUCCCGUGAUCUGCUGUGUUAUGUGUAACAAGGGCACGAAAUCUAGCCUCUCAUUUGUUGGUUGGCAGUCACUGGACAAGUUGUGUACAGGUGUGUGCCCAAUUCGGCUCAACCAC